GUCUUCAAAACAUGAAAUUCUUCGUUUUGGCUUCUGGGAUGUUCUGUCACCAUGCACUUACGAUGGAAUGUUCUAAUAUGGCUGCGGAAUUCAGAGCUUUGUUGAAUGGGUUACAGUUAGCAAGAGAUCAUGGAUUGUUUGUUUAUGGUUUAUCAAUUGAAUGUGAUUCUUUAGUUCUGGUAAAUUCAGUUCUUGGGAAGUGUGACUGUGCUUGGCCUUUUUUAGAUAUCAGGGACCAGAUUAGGUAUUUGAUGGAUGUUGUGGAAUGUCUGCUGGUUCAUGUGUUUCGAGAGGUGAAUUCGAUUGCUGAUAGCCUAGCGAAUCAUGCUGUUCGGUUCAGGAAUUCUGUGGCUUUUUCGGAUUUUUUGGAAUUGCCUUGUAAUGUCAAGCUUGCUGUGUCCCAGUAUAUCAGAGGCUUCCCUGUGCUUCUGAAAGAAGAGGUUCAUUGUUUUUGAUGAUAUGGGUUGAUGUGCUGUAUUGUUCAGGGGUGUGGGGGAGUAUGGAAGCUGACUUUGUUGAUUUUCUGAUGGGAAGCUGAGUUGCUGAGGUGCUGAUGAAGGUGUUGAGGAGUCUAGUGCGAGCUUACUGCUAUUUUAUGGAAUAUGUUUUUCUUGGUUUGUAAUUCUUAAGGCAGUAGGUUGUUUUUCA